GAUACAUUGCUAUAUAGAUACGAAAUACCUUCUAGUCAAUACGAGUACAGAUCACUUUUCGUAACUCCGAUUGUAGAUGUGCGAGAUGAAGAAUGCAACGACACCAUGGUGUAUGUCGCAGAUGCUCUAGCAUUUUCCAUCAUUGUCUACAACCCAACGUUGGGAGUCUCAUGGAGAGCAACUGACGAAACAAUGUACGCUGAUCCUAACUUUGGAACUUAUGAUAUUCAUGGAAUUAGCUUCGACUUAUUGGAUGGAAUAUUGGGCAUGGAUCUUUCACCUUACAAACCCGGAAGUGACAGAAUACUUUUCUAUCACGCCAUGUCCAGUAUCACUGAGAACUUUGUUUACACGUCAGAUCUCAGAAAUCGUACCAGGUUUGAGAGUAAUCCCCAAUCAUCCCCAGAAAUAUUCCAUACGUAUAAUGGAACAAGACCAUCUCAAAGUGCAGCUGAGGCCAUCGACAAAGACGGAAUUUCAUACUUUGGUUUAGCGCACGAAACAACAUUAAAUUGUUGGAAUACUGCUACCGAAUAUGGCCCAGAAAAUAUAAAUACAAUUCAUUACAACCGGACAAUACUCCAAUUUAUCACUGGAAUUAAAGUAAGUUAUUAGUAAAAAAAAAUACAACUUGU